UAUGCAGCGUCUCGAGCCAACCGCCUCUCCGUGCCUAUUGCUGAAACGCUCAUUGGCUUCGUGACUGCGCUUCCUGUCAUAUCUGGUAUCCUCCUCGAGUGCGGCUACGAUCUGACGCGCCGCAAAGAACGUCGUGCUCAUAUGCAGCGUGGCGAGAUCCAACGCCCGCCCUUUGUGAUCGUCGCCAACUUCAUCAUCUUCAUCUAUUCAACAGUGGUCAUCACGCUGCUUGGGACGCACGCAGCUCCACCUUCUCAACUGAACUGUGGACUGCGACAACAAUGGCAAUCCUUGUUCCGCCUAAAAGAUGCUACUUCGAUCAAGGCGAUCCAAAACCAAUACAAUUGCUGCGGUUUCGCCAGUCCAACGGAUAUGGCUUGGCCAUUCCCAAGUGCAAGCCACCAUGCAGACGAAUGUAAAACUUUGUUUGACAGAACGAGUGCCUGUCUGGGGCCUUGGAAAGCCGAGGAGCAACAUAUUGCAGGAUUGCUGAUGGGAGUCGUGGGUCUUGUGGCAGUCUGGGCAUUCGCAAUCGUUGCUGUUCCGACUCAGCGCGAAUCUUGGCUUCACAAAGUGGUUCCAGGGCAAAUCUCAGACUUCAUCGCCCGCGAAGAGCAUGGCAACACAGGCGAACGACGCCGUAUCAACUACCUCCCAGACACGAACCGCUACUCAGACCGCAUCGAAGAAGAAGCCGAUGAAGCAUCCCCACUCAGCCCAGAGACCCGGCGUGCGCUCGAGCAAGGCCGUGCACAGGUUGGAACGGGUUUGCCUGGAAACGUUGCGAUGGACGCACCUGCAACUAAUGAAUGGGCAAGGGGAUAA